UUUUGAUGGACUUUCUUCCUGGUUUGCAUUAACGAGCGGCUGAGUUCCCUAAUUUUGCGACAAGGCCGCACCUUGAAUGCUAAACCUGUAUCGAAUGCCCUUUAUUGCAGCUUUAAUUAGAGUCUAGAUGUCGUUGAUUACUGUCUGAUAUGUCCAGCAGGAUGCCUGUAUCUCAAGGCCAGCUCAAGCUGGCUGAAAAACUCUCAAUUCUCAAUGAUCGUGGCACAGGAAUGCUCGCAAGAUUAUACAACAUCAAAAAGGCUUGUCAAGAUCCAAAGUCACGUCCAGCGUUCCUCUCAGAGAAAAGUCUGGAAUCAUGUCUCAAGAGUAUCGUCAGGAAAUUUCCUCAUACAGAGAAGAAUUCACAUGGUCAGCUGAGUCCUAUAGAUACCAGGAAGGCCGAGAUUCUCAAGGUGCUGAGUGUGUACUACAUGACAUUCAGAGAUAUCUUAGAAUACAAGGACCAAGUCUCAGAACUAUUGACUGUAAUAGCAACAUGCAACACAAACCUCGAUAUUACUUGCAACUUUGACAUGACCAAGAAUUACCUAGACCUCGUUGUGAAGUACGUCUCAAUCUUACUACUGCUGGCUAGAGUUGAGGACAGGAAAGCCAUGCUGGGACUCUACAACACAGCAUAUGAUCUUGCAAAUCAAAGAAGUGAGCCGUCUUUUGCUCGUCUUGGAACCAUGAUAAUGGAGUACGAACAUCCAAUGAAGAAGCUUGCAGAAGAAUUCAUCCCAUUAGAGAGAUGUGUAGCCUCUGCUCUGUUCUCGCUCCUUCAUCUUUACCCACGUCGUAACCUGACUGCCGAGCAAUGGAGGUCACAGGAGAUGCUUAGUCUGGUUGCCAAGCCUAACGUCCUUCUUAACCCAGCACAAAGUGAAACAAUGAGAUGUGAAUACCUAUCCCUUGACACACUCGAGAGAUGGAUAAUAAUUGGAUUUAUGGUAUGCCCCACCCUUCUGACAACGAAUGAGCGGGCCCUAGCCCUAUGGCGCCCCGCCCUGCAGAGCUCUUACUGUAUCACCCUGUGUCGUGAUGAGGUGCUCAUCUUCCACAAAUACAUCGAGGUCUUCUUCACCUCCAUCAAAGGGUUCAGUAAGAAAGCCCAAGAAGUGAAGGAUGCGGCUACCCAUGCAUUGAGUUAUGCACCUGGCCUUCACAAGGAGCGAAGAAAGUUCUUGAGGACAGCUCUAAAGGAGCUCAUCACCAUCAUCUCUGAUCAGCCUGGGUUACUGGGACCAAAGGCUUUGUAUGUCUUCAUGGGUCUUGCGUUUGCUCGCGAUGAGAUCCUGUGGCUUGUAAGACACACUGAGCAUCCUCACCCUAAGCUCAAGAAUAAACCAGUCAUGGAUGAUCUUGUGGAUCAUCAUCUACCAGAGCUUCUCUUCUACAUCGAGGAACUACGUGCUAUUGUGAAGAAGUAUUUCUAUGUCCUGCAAGACUACUACAUCCAGUAUCUCAACGGAUAUGAUGCUAUAGUGCUCAACAACAUUGUCAAGAGUCUUACCAUGUGUCCAGAAGAUGAAUCCAUCAUCUUAUCAUCCUUCGUACAGACCUUGGAAUCACUCAAUGUUAAACAAGUGAAAGAAGGUCCACAACCAGACUUCACUGGAUUCCGUCUUGAUUGGUUCCGUCUUCAAGCCUAUACCAGCAUCAGUCGAGCUACCUUGGUCCUAGGUGAUAACACUGAACUAGCUAGAACCAUGAACACUAUCAUCUUCCAUACAUUGAUGGUGGAUGCUGCUGAUGAGGUUCUCAUGGAAACAUCCGAUCUUAGUAUAUUCUGUCACCACAGUCGUAUAUUUGAGCGUAACUUUGAGAUGUCUCUGGGCUAUCCUACCCAAUCUCGCUUUGCGGUGGCCUUCCCCCUCAUCUGUGCUCACUUCAUUAAUUGCACACAUGAGCUAUGCCCUGAGGAGAGGUUUCAUGUUGGAGAGCGUAGUCUAUCGGUGACCAAUGCUUUCCUUGACCGUCUAGCUAAGGAGGUCAAGGAUGUAGUGACCAGAAUCUGUUCUGAGCAGUGUAACCUAAGUGACCAGCUUCUGCCCAAGAAUGCUGCACCCCUUCACAUCAAGCAUGAACUUCAACGUAAGACCAAGCAGAAUGUUGAUAAGAAUCGUUUGAAGACACUCACAGAGAACCCUAUGCCUGGGACUGAAAGUUUCAGGAAAACCAGAGAAAACUUGACAGAAUUUGAUCGUCUUCACAUCUCGCUAUCUGAGUUGUGUACAGCUAUCAAUUACUCAGCUAAGAUCAUGGUUUGGGAACAUACGUUUUCACCAAGAGAGUAUCUCAUCCAGCAUUUGGAAGCUAGGUUUGCCAAAGCACUUGUAGGAAUGAUGAUGUACAGCCCUGACACUAAUGAGAUAGCUAAACCCUCAGAGCUUCUCACCAGUGUUAGGACCUACAUGAAUGUCCUGCAAAGCAUUGAAAGCUAUGUCCAAGUUGAUAUCACCCGAGUGUUUAACAAUGUAAUGCUACAACAAACCCAACAACAAGACAGUCAUGGAGAGAAGACUAUCACCAUGCUAUACACUAACUGGUAUCUUGAGGUAUUCCUUCGCAAGGUAACCACUUGCCACAUCAUCUACUCUCCUCAUCAGAAGGCAUUUAUUAGUCUAGCACCUGAUAAACAUCUACCGUUCAAUGCAGAGGAAUAUACCGAUGUCACAGAGCUGAGAUCUUUAGCAGAGCUGAUUGGAGCAUAUGGAAUGAAGUUUCUUCAUGAGAGUCUUAUGUGGCAUAUUGCUAGUCAGAUGGGAGAACUCAAGAAACUUGUUCUUGAGAACCGUGAAGUAUUGACUCAACUUCGAACCAACUUUGACAAGCCUGACGUCAUGGCCCAACUAUCAGUCCAACUCAAACAUAUAGAUAACUUAUUGAUGCGUCUGAACAUCAUCGGUAUCAUCCUUGCCUUCAAGAGUCUAACACAAGAAGCUCUCAGUGAUGUCCUUGCUCGAAGAGUACCAUUCCUCUACAGUGCUAUCAUAGACUUCAAGGAACAUGUCAGAGCAGCUGGACAGGAUGCUAUUAUUGUGGAUACUCUAGCCAACAGUGUUGGUCUGUCCUGCAAUGUAGAUCCAGCUCUAGUCAGUGCUCUUCGCUCAGAGAAAGAGAUUGACCCAGAGUCGGACUAUACCCUGUCUUGUCUUUUGAUGGUGUUCAUCGCUGUAUCACUCCGUACCUUAGCCCGUCAGGAUGGUACUGUCUAUCAUCCAAUGUAUGAUGCCCAUCCGAAUAAUUGCCACUGCUAUGCCAAGGCUAUCAAUGCCAUUGCUGGUGCUCUCUUCUCACUUCAUGGCAGGGGUGACGUUGAGGAAAGACUCCAAGAAUUCCUUGCUCUGACAUCAUCUAACAUGCUUCAUCUUGGCCAAGAGACUGAUAAGGCUAUCACAGUCAAAGGUCGAGAGUCUCUUCAUCUCCUCCUAGAUCAGAUUGUGAAAGAAUCACCAUUCCUGACACAGGACCUCUUAGAAUCUUGCUUCCCAUACGCUCUCCUGAGGAAUGCAUACCACACUGUACUGAAGAGAGACUAAAACCUAUCAUGAUACCAAAGGGAUCUUAGCUGGAAAGUACACACAUUCAGGACAAAGAAACAUAGAAUUCUAUAUGCUUCUCCUUACAUCUCUGUGACAAGAAAAGGUAUGUUUGAACAUCAAAAACUCAGAAGACCUAGUAUCUUGUCCCCAUAGACCGCUAAAUUAUUCCUGUAGUCAACCAAACUUAUUUUAGUGAUUGAUUGUAAAGCUGAUUUUUAUGUUUGAUUUUAUUGACCAUAAUGUGCAAUCAGCCAUAAAAUUCAAUAAUAUAAAUCAAUUGGUAAGUUUAGUGUUACUGGGUUGUCAUCAGAGGAAAAAUCUUGUUCAAUAUACUUUUUCAUAAGAGUUGAAUUCCUGCAACCUCAAGGAAGAGCAUCUACUUCCAUUAAUCAUAUUGGAUUUGGCAUUCUUCUCAUAUGCAAUGAGUUGAAUAGUGCAUGGUGAAACACAUUUCAUAGAACUUUGCAAGCUCUCUCUAUCACUUUCUUGAAAAGUCAGAAUAGACAUUUUUUUUAUUUUCAAAUUGAAAUAUUUUGUAUAGUAUGUAUAUGAAGCAUAGUCAUUUGUUAUAUGUAUAUAGAGAUCAAUAGUCUAGACUACUCAACAUUUUUUUGUAAGAGAAAAUUGUCUCUUUUCAAACUUCUCUUAUCAAAAUAUUGUACAUUUAUGUGAAUUAUUUGUUUAUUUCUAUUGAGAUAAGAAGAACUGAAUAUUUAAUCUGAUUUUAUAAUCCCAAUCAUCUAUAUUUUUUGGUCAGUAGUUGAAAGAGGGUUGAAAGGAGCUUUAAAUUUUAAUUUUGGAAAUAUUCUAAAUGUCUCAUUGGUUAUAUACUUUUAGUGAGGUCAUGAAUUCUAUAUGAGUGAUUUAUGGAUUUGGUGAAUGUUUGCAAGAUUGGGUGUAUUUAUGUGAAUGAUCAUUCAAGAGAGAGUUGUACUUAAUUUACCAAGUAAGCAACAACAUUUUAAAAUGAAACAGGAAUUUUCAUAACUCUCAGCAUUCAUGUACCUUUAUGCCAUAAAUAUUCCCUGUGGAAAAGUUUAAUAUAUUUUGGCAUCUAUCCUCCUGGAUGUUUUUAGUUAGUACUUAAAGAUAUUUUUUUUUCUUUAUAUCCGUUUUGUAUUAGGGUGUUAACUUUUUUAUGCUUGUGCUUUCAACUAUGUAUUUAUAGUAGUAGUAUUGUUACCUAUUGUAUGCAGAAACAUAUGGGUGUUGUUAUAUGAGCAAAGAGUAUGAUGUAAAAUGAUUCCAUGCUGUCAGUACAUAUUGUGAUCAUACAAAGUAAACCAUGGAUGAAUAGCUUUCAUUCCUCAAAUCUGCAAAAAUCAUUUCAUUAAAAAAAAGAAAAUCAUGUAAAGUUAAUAAGGAUAUAACAUGAGUCAAAUUGAUUUAUAAAUUUGAACGAAAUGCAAAUUUUCAUAAACCUUUGUAGAAAAAUAAAUUCAGUACAACACACAUGUUCUGUCCCCCCUUGCCUGCCUUAGUGAUGUAGGCCAUACAUGUACAUUAGGUGUCAACACCUUAAUAGUUAUUGUGUUUCCACUGAAACGAGCAAGCAUUUUCAUUUUGAUAUUUUGUUCCCAAAUUACACACCCCAUGAUAUGAUAAAUCUGUUUAGAAUUAUGAGCUGUGAUACACCCUUUUCUGCCUCUGAAUAAGUAACUUCUUGAACUUUCCACUGCUCUGUGAUAAAGCGAUAAAUGAUUUGAUUGUACCAUAAGAGCUUUUGUGAAAUGAUUGAAUAGUGCACCAAGCUGUGGACUCGCCUCCUCCCAAAUAUGUAAAAUAUUCUGUUUACUUUCAUUAUAAGAAAUAACUUAGAUAUUGCACAUUUUUACUUAAUUCACCCAGUAUUUGAUUUUCCUUAUUCCAAACCUCCAUUCUUUAAAUAUUUAUGUACUGCAAUUAAUUAAUAUAUGUAGAAUCAUGACAAGUUUAAUUUAAAAAGAUCAUAGAAAUUAUUUACUAGGACAAAAAAUUAUAGAAAUUGUUUAAAAUAGAAGGUGGUCCUUUAGUUGCAUACUAUUUUUGUCUCAUGUAAUACCGUGCUUAUGUUCAGAGCAUUUGGUUUGAGGCUACAAUAUGCAGGAAAGUCUUUAGAACUAGAAGACAAGUCACCCAUUUCAAUUAUAUUAGACAGAUUAGUUCAUGAAUUAGGGCACAUUGUAGAGUUGAUACUUGUCUAAAUAUAUCCAUCUUUGAAUAUUCACACAGAAUGUUAUAAUUAUAAAAACAACACUGUAAAUGAAUAUAUUCAUAAUAUGCAUAUUUAUACCCACGUUCAGUGUUAUAGAAAUAUUAUUCAAGAAAGUUGUAUUUUGAUGUAGUAUAUAUAGAUAAUGUAUCAUCUUUAUGAAAAGAUAAUACUAUUGGGAAUGUAUCAAGCUAAAUAUAUAGAUUUGCAACUUUGCAAGACGGAUCAUAACUCAAAAUUUUUCUGAUUAUCAGACAUAUUGUACUACCCAAAGUAUGCAUGCCAGUGAAAUAUUUUCAACUUUACCUAGAGCUGCUCUAUUGUUUUUGUUGGUCAUAAAUCUUACUAUAAAACAACAAUUUUUUAAGAAUUCGAUAUAAACACCACCCACUCACAAUCAAUGAAAUUAAUAUUUUUGUGUAGUGUGUACAGCAUAAGAUAUGUGAAAUUAAAGCCACUUAAACGAGUGUCAGAAAACGAGACAUUGCUGAAUGCUGAUGAUGGUGGAUGGCCUUAUCAGUAUCUGUAUUUCUCAUAUGAUACAUGAAAUGUGUUCAUCUCUUGUGUUUCUAAGCUUAAUACAGUGCACAUCAUGUUAUUGCAUUGAAAUAUUGGCCAAACUUUCACUUAUGAAAGUGGUUAUUAAUAAACUAAAUAAUGAAAUUUCUUGAACUGUAAAGAUCAAUGUUUGUAAAUCUUCCAUGCAGCAUUUAAAGUCUGUGUAUAGGGUGGUAGUCUGAAUACACUGACCAUUCACAUUUUAUUAUGUAUUGUCAAUCUAUGGAGGUUUAUUUGAUACAUAAAGCUUUCUAUAAAUUGCAA